AUGACAAAAGCGCAGAAUGCCCGCAAUUUGGCACGACAUUUCGAAGGGAUUGGCCAGAUAUUCAGCGACUGGGAUGACACGAUCACCGCCAAAGAUACCAUUUCGCUGAUAUUCGAUGUUCUGGGCGCCAAUGCUGAGCAUGGAGCGGACUACUUUUUCAAGUUCUACAUGACGAAUUUCAACAAGUUCCAGACCGAGACUUUGCCUGGAAAACCGUUUGCGUCGCGAGAUAGUGUCGAAAAGGAGGUUCAGUACCAGCAGGCAACAAAAGAGAGCGAGAAAAGCUCGAUCUACGAGGCCGUCAGACUGAAAGUGUUCAAGGGCAUCAGCAGAUCAACGUUCCAGGGCUUGACCACCAAGGUCCCAAUAAAACUCGGGUUCUACGAUUUCUACAAGACGGUGAGCCAGUCGAAUAUCAAGUUUACUGUUUUGAGCAUCAAUUGGACAGGACUGUUGAUCCAGAAGUAUUUUGAGCAUUUCACAAAGCAACCAUAUGCUAUUCUCGUAAACGAGUUUGAGUUUGACCACAACGGGAUCUGCACCGGAAACGUCGAUCCGGCGUUCGAUAUCCGUACCGGGUUUGAUAAACUGGCGCUAAUCAAACAGGCGGUGGGGAUGGAACGGUCGAUCUAUGUCGGAGACUCGUCGACCGACGUGUUGUCGAUGAUCUACUGCGACAAAGCCAUCAUCAUGAGCGGCGGAUCGGCCAGCAAGUGUCUGAAACGGCUGGGGUACAAGGUGUACAAUAUCAACGACGAGAUCAGCGAGAAAGAGGCCAAGUUUGUCAAGUACCUGGAAGUCGACAAUUGGAAUGACCUGUUUCUUAUUCUAUAUCCAAAUACAUAUGGGGGAUGA